AUGUCGCGCUCACAGUUUCUUGUGCUUGCUGUCUUCGCCGCGCCGGGGAUGGCCAUCGACAAUGGGCUUGGCCGAACUCCACCAAUGGGCUGGAGGUCUUGGAACUUGUUUGGAAACAACACGAAUCAGACAUUCUUGCAAGCCAUCAUGGACGGGAUGGUCUCCAAAAAGCGCUCCGUGGAUGGCAUUCCUACAUCUCUCUGUGACUUGGGAUACUGCAAUGUUGGGCUUGACGAAGGCUGGGAAGACUGCACGGGGGCACACCAAUUCCAUUACCAUGACGACUCAGGCAAGCCGCUCGUGUGGCUGGCGCGUUUUCCCAACAUCACAUCCAUGACAGAGCAUGCCCAUCGGCUUGGCUUGACAGCCGGCUGGUACCUCAACGGCUGCACGUGCCCGGAGAAAGAAAUCAUCGACUCCAUGUACGACAAAGAUGUUGCUGCGCUAGUGGCAUUCGGUUUUGACGCAAUCAAGCUGGAUAAUUGCGGGGCACAGCACGACCUCGACAAGUGGGCCGGUCUCAUCAACAAAACUGGACGGAAGGUGAUGAUUGAGAACUGCCACUGGGGCAAGACGGUGCCAACGGAGACCUGGUGCCCCUGGAACUUCUUCAGGACGUCGGGUGAUGUACGGGCCUCCUACGGGAGCGUGGUCGCCAAUCUUCAGACGACAGUGGGUUGCAAGAAUGGGCCUGGCGGGGACCGGGAUCCGGGCUUGAGCUACCAGGAGGCGCGGAGCCACUUCAGCGCCUGGUCCAUCAUCUCCUCGCCGCUCACCUUGUCCAUGGAUAUCAACGAUGAGGAUGUCAUGAAUGCGGUGUGGGGCAUCGUGUCCAACAAAGAGGUCAUCGCUGUGAACCAGGCGUAUGCGGGUCACAGCGGGAGCCCUUUCAAGCAGUCUGCCUCUCAAGUCACACUCAAAGAUGACGGUCACUAUGUAACGGUUCCCACAUGGCAGUUCUUCUACAAGCCCUUGGGUGGCGGCCGGACAGCGGUGCUUCUCAUGAACCAUGAUCAGACCUUCCACGACUUGGUGCUCAACUUCAAAGACGUUCCUGGGCUGGCAUGCCAGAAAUGCACGGUGCGGUGUCUCUAUGCGCACAGAGACUUGGGUGAGCACGAGCACAGCUUCACUGCCCAAGCUGUACAGUCUCAUGACUCGCGAAUGUUGAUCCUGAUGCCUGCACAAGCACAGGCCGUCGUCGUAUAG